UUUUCAUCUGCUCCUACCCCAGCUUUAGACACUUGAAAGUGGAAAGCGCUUCUCCUCUCCAUAGUCGAACGGUAGGAAAGAACUUGAAAAAUCGAGCAGAAAAAAAAUGAAAGCAGUGGCGAUAACUACACUAGGCGGGCCAGAGGUGCUACAAUUGCAAGAAGUAGAAGAUCCACAAAUCAAAGACGAUGAGGUAUUGAUCAAGGUGGAGGCCACCGCCCUUAACCGGGCCGAUACGCUCCAGAGGAUAGGCAAGCACCCACCUCCCAAAGGGGCCAGCCCCUACCCGGGUCUUGAAUGUUCCGGUACCGUCGAAGCCGUUGGAAAGCUUGUUUCUCCCUGGAAAGUAGGCGAUAAGGUGUGUGCUCUUCUUAGUGGAGGAGGGUAUGCAGAGAAAGUAGCAGUUCCAGCAGGUCAAGUCCUUCCUGUUCCGCCCGGCAUUUCCCUCAAGGAUGCUGCUGCUUUCCCCGAGGUGGCAUGCACUGUUUGGUCCACUGUUUUUAUGAUGAGCCGGCUGACUGUUGGGGAAACUUUUCUGAUUCAUGGUGGCUCUAGUGGGAUUGGUACUUUUGCCAUUCAGAUAGCUAAAUAUCAAGGGAUUAAAGUGUUUGUCACAGCAGGGAGCGAGGAAAAACUAGCUGUUUGUAAGGAACUUGGAGCUGAUGUGUGCAUCAAUUAUAAAACGGAGGACUUUGUUACACGGGUAAAGGAUGAAACGGGUGGGAAAGGUGUUGAUGUCAUUUUGGAUUGUCUUGGAGCAUCCUACUUCCAGAGAAACCUAGACAGCUUAAAUAUUGGCGGGAGGCUUUUUAUCAUUGGCUUUAUGGGUGGAGCUGUGACAGAAUUAAAUCUGACUACUUUGUUAGCAAAACGCCUCACUGUGCAAGCGGCUGGCUUGCGAGGUAGAAGUCCAGAAAACAAAGCAGAGAUUGUGAAUGAGGUUGAGAAGAAUGUCUGGCCUGCAAUUGCUGCAGGCAAGGUGAAGCCUGUGGUCUAUAAGCUGUUUCAAUUAUCCGAGGCUGCAGAGGGUCAUCGACUCCUGGAAAGUAGCCAGCAUAUUGGAAAGAUAUUGCUUCUUCCAGCCAUUUUAAUUGGAUUUUCGUCGUAUCUUGUUGUCUACACCCAUAUACUGUCGAAUGCGGUGAUGUCAACAGAAGAGCUAAGUGGCAAAGGAUUAGAGAGCCAGACGCCCCAAAACAACCAUCUAUCUCUGCAAUUACCAAAAAUGAAAGCAAUAGUGAUAACACCGGGCGCCCCUGAGGUGCUGCAAUUACAAGAAGUAGAAGACCCUGAUAUCAAAGAUAAUGAGGUAUUAAUCAAGGUAGAGGCCACCGCAGUUAACCGGGCUGAUACCAUCCAAAGGCAGGGUAUGUACCCACCUCCUAAAGGUGCUAGUCCCUACCCGGGUCUUGAAUGUUCUGAUACAAUUGAAGCCGUUGGGAAAUUUGUUUCCCGCUGGAAAGUGGGGGAUCAAGUGUGUGCUAUUCUGAGUGGAGGAGGCUACGCUGAGAAGGUGGCAGUUCCAGCCGGACAAGUACUUCCAGUUCCUUCAGGAAUUUCUGUUAAGGAAGCUGCUGCUUUUCCAGAGGUGGCAUGCACUGUUUGGUCAACUGUUUUUAUGAGCAAUCGACUUUCCGCUGGGGAAACAUUUCUGGUUCACGGAGGCUCCAGUGGAAUUGGUACAUUUGCAAUUCAGAUUGCUAAUGCCCGAGGGAGUAAGGUGUUUGUCACAGCAGGGAGUGAGGAGAAAUUGACUUUCUGUAAGGAACUUGGAGCUGACGUGUGCAUCAACUACAAAACAGAGGAUUUCGUUGCAAGGGUUAUGGAAGAAACAGGUGGAAAAGGUGUUGAUGUUCUUCUGGAUUGUAUGGGAGCAGGCUACUUUCAGCGAAACCUUGACAGCUUAGGUUUUGAUGGGAGACUUUUCAUUAUAGGCUUGAUGCGUGGAGCUGUAGCAGAGUUUAAUUUGCGUUCUUUGUUUGCAAAGCGUCUCACAGUUCAAGCUGCUAGCUUGCGAGCUAGAAGUCCAGAAAACAAAGCAGAAAUUGUGAGCGAGGUAGAGAAGAAUGUUUGGCCUGCAAUUGUUGCGGGGAAGGUGAAGCCUGUGAUCUACAAGCAGUUUCCUCUAUCUGAGGCAGCAGAGGCUCACAAGCUUAUUGAAAGUAGCCAACAUAUAGGGAAAAUCUUUCUUGUUCCAUGAUGAUUGAUUCUACAGAAAGUCACGGCUCAGCUAUUGCCAUCUGAUAUAUUACCCUUGUAGUUUUGGAAUAAAAUGAGCUAAUGGGGUCAUUGUGUAUGCAAUUCAGUAGAUUGAAGAACUGAAUGUUUCCUUUCGACAAUUGCACGUCUUAUCGAAGAGAAAUUGCACAAAAUUGAAGAUAAUGGAUCAAUUUAAAGUGACAUCCUUUCUUUUUAA